AAGACCUCACCGCCUUUUGAUAGGAUGGACCACGAGGUAACAUGACAUGACAUUAAAGAGAACAGACAAUACAUAAUCCUCGAUCUAUCAUCAAAGCGAACGUCUUCAAGAAACAAGAAGAAAAAAUGGAGAAUCCAAAUCUCUUGUCCAACGAUCACUCCAAAGCCAUGCUAGCAAUAAGGUGGAGAUAUAUGUCUAGUGUCGUCUCGUCUGGUACACCAGAAUUAUGGUCGUUCUCUCGCGAAGCAGACAAAGACAAUGGCGCACGCAGAAUCCGGCUCCGAAGUAGGAUAAGCCAGCGUAAAAACUCAUCGCUUACGAUGAUGGAUCGAUCCGGUGUCCCCUCAAGAACAGGCAUAUCCUCGUCCGCCGUUGCUCCUUCGUGUUGCCGGCGAAGUACUAGACAAAACGGCCGCUCACGGAAGGUAGAAGGCGGCAAGAAAGUUCUCCACAGCUUCAAUUCGACGACGCUUGGGACACCACUCGGAGUCUCAAAAAGGCGGUUAGAACGCUCUAGAAGAAGUUCGAUUCACGGCUACUGUGCCGUGCCACCGUCGUUUUUGCGUUUCCUAUCGCUGCUCGCCGUUUUUCUUACCACAGCACUUGUAGAUGCUGCAAUAAGCGUGAAGAAGAGCUACUCCACCAAUUUUAUGUGUAUCGAAAAAAGUUGCGUGAACCCUAUUUUCCCGGCAUUUCGACUGCUGGGCGUAUCCCAAAUGGAAGAGCAGGAAAAGCGGGAUUGGAAUUGUAUCACUGGCAUCGAAGCCAAACCCGGAGAGGAGAGUCCGCCAAAGGAAGACAACGUCUUAAAUUUCAAGAACUACGCCAGCUUUUGUAAGUCGGUGCUCAAAUACGACUUCGCGGUCCCUGACUGGAUUCCUGGAACUAGCAGUCUAGAGGAUAUCAUAGAAACGGAAAACCGCAAAGCGGUAGAGGCCUACAUCUCGCAGCUAGACGGUCUAGGCUACGAGUAUCUAGAGAACCGAGAACCCUGGGACUACGAAUUCACUUCGCCCUGCGUACCACCGUUGUUUCAGAUGUUUGGUGGAAUUUUUUCACACGUGAUCAUACAAUCAUCUGUGCUGCACGUACAAAGUCACAGACUCAAGCUCAUUCGAUGAUCACUUCUUUUACACAAGAUGAACCAGCACAUGUUGCUUGUUGAUAUUGACAUUCUUAGAAAUUGACAAAAAACAGCUGUAUCGAAUAUACCAAAUGGCGUGCUACACGUAUUUUCCUAAGUGCGGUGUGGGUUCUUCCCAGAACAAGUUUAUUCGUCCGUGCAGCGGCGUUUGCGACUCCUACUUAAAUGAUUGCGAUGUCCGAUGCUGUGACGAGGGAACUUCAUGCGUUUUCGAACACAAGGUAGAGCUCGGCUUUUUCUUUGAGGAAGUAUGAGCUUACUACUAACAAUUACAAAUUUGAAUGUGUAGAUCGAAUGAGUUAAAGCGAAACUACAUCUAGAAGUACGAUUGAUUUUGUUUGUUUAUGAGGAAGUAAAAGUAUGAGUUUACUAACAAUUACAAAUUUGAACGUGUAGAUCGAAUGUUAAAGCCUAACUACAUCUAGUACGGUUGAUUUUGUUAAGAUGCUGCUCAUUUUUGAUGUAUUCCUCGAUUAUGAAACACUCACCAUCCGCAUCUGCAAACCCCCACAGGAACGACUCCAAUCAAAGACGGGAUCACAGUCAAUGUUGGUAACAAUUAAGGGCUACGUAGACCAUCCCGGUCCGAGUCUGUUUUGCACGGGAAGUGCCAAGGGUCGAGGGUCACCGAAAUGGUUUUGCGCGUUGGCUUUGACGCUGUUUCUUUGCAUGCAAGGUGCCGCGGGAAUCAGGUACUGGGGGAUGAUUUCUCAUUGAGAUUACUGCUGAGUUUUGUUUUCCUAUUUUCUAACAGAUUGCGGUAGUAAUAGUACCAAUAUUACAGCUCGAUCGUACUUGUUGUACACAGUACCUUUGAAAAUGUCUUUGCAGCUUCAUUGUCGUGAGUGAAGCGAGAUUUUUUGUCACUUCGUUUCUUUCUUAUGCCGAACAACGACAUCAGAUCAACUAUAUAUCUGCUCCUUGCGUUUUUUAGCACUAGCAGCUGUAUGUCAUAUAUGAUUGGCAGCUAGCACUAUGCUCAUCUCCUCCUUUCGACAUGACAAAAACAGCACCCAGCGAAGUCGUGCACAGAGUCGUGCCGAGGCUUCCUCCACGACCAAGACCCAUGCUGCCGCGUCCAUUAAGAUAACAAUGCUUCUUGUUCUUCAGUAUCUUCAAUGAUUAUACUUAAAUAUUUCAAGAAUGACUCGUCUUUCAUGAUUCGUCCAUUGGUAAAGCAACUCAACAUCACACUGCUAAUGAUGUUGACCCGUCAAUUUCAGAUGGAUUUUCUGGCUUUAAACACUGUCCAUCGAUCGCUUCGAUCUUCCUCUGGCGCGACGAACUUUUCCCCUCCAGCGAAACGGAUCCAGUGGAGGUAAAAGCGCAGCAAGAAAGAGCACGGCUAAUGAUGCUACAAUUAUGUUGGUCAGUAUAUUUCUUACAAUUGAUAUUCUACGUUCGAUCUUUUUAUAAUUUGUCUGUCAGUACUCUCCCUAUCUCGGAGGUGGCUGGUGCCCUUCGAUAUGGAUGAAAUACAGGGGUCUUCAUACUCUGCAGAGUGCUGUAACAGGAGAGAAGGCAAAACAUGAUCGAGCCCACGCUAAUACAAGAUCCAACUGCGGUCGCAGGGCUUAGUGCAAUGGGCGCCGCUGACACCAUUCUCACAACGGACAUUAUUGGCGCACAUUCGGUACCACGGUGGCGUAAAAAGGAAGAUUUCAUUAUGCUCUUGCUCUAGAAGCGCUUUUUUAAUUAGUUUUAGUGUUUUGAAGAUGCUCUUUUCCUUUUGGUAGCAAAGGGUGCUACAACUGCUAGUGCAGCCCAUAGUCCAUCUUCGUCCCCCGCUUCUGCUUGCUAUAACACAUGGACUUACUGGUGUGCUUGUCCCCGCGUUCAUGAUCCCACUCAACGUUAUCCUUAGCUGCUCCUUCUAACCCUGCUAUCGCUCUAAUGUUACGAUGAUGAAGCAGUCGGCGGCAGACAAAGUGACGAGAACAAUGGGCCUAAGCAGCUGCAACAACGCGAACAUACCAGAUGCUUAUUAUGAUCAUUUGCUCUGAUAGGGAUGAUCUUGGUAUAAUCGUUUUUGAUGGUCAACAUAACCUUCUCGACUGUCCCAACCUGGAAUAGAAAUAUCCAUAUCACCUUCUGCCUCGCAUUGAGGACAUAUUUAUUUAGAUAGAGGACAUCUUUGGUACCGCAAAGUUGUUGCGCAUACCUUUCUCUCUACAUCUAAUGAAACAAAUGUAGUCGUCGUGGAGUGUGCGUUCCGUUCGAUCCGCUGGACGCUACGCCAAAUGCCUACAUGGUCUGUAGAUGCGACCCGUCUUACGCCGGUCUAGAGUGUUACGGAUACAAAUAUGAUACAAGAAAAAGAGCCCUACAUCUUCAAAACAGUAAAAUUGUGUUGUUUUUCUUUGACGUGUAGAAUGUAAGAAAAACAUAGAAGAUGAAAAGGCUUUGCGGCAGACAUGACAUGACAUUACUUCUAUGAUAGAAGUCUCUGUCGAAGAUGCGGCAACGCGCUAGGCGGUGCUAACUAAGCAGAUGCAUGAAGUAACGGUAAUCGUAAAUACACCAGAAAAUAUAAGACUUUCUUCUAGAUCUAGAUACUCAUGUCAUCUCUAACAAUGCAAAGUGGAACGUCAGAGCCAACUAACAGCCUAUGGGCUCUCGGUCUUUGGCGGCGUCUUCGGGCUUGACAGAUUCUAUUAUGCUGAAUAGCUACAGGAGCGAGAUGAAAAAGUAUUUAAGAUAUUGUAAAAAAAGGUCGUCAUUCAUUCUCUUUCUAUUUUUGUACGAGCACAACAAGCCUGUCGUGCUCCUCGCAUGCCGAAUCGUUAUUCUUUCUUGAUUUGUUCUAACCUGCCCUUGGGGAGUAUGCGUAUGGCUCCUUAAAGCUCUUUACGCUUGGAGGUCUCGGAUUCUGGUGGAUGUACGACAUCGUGUGGAUCGGUUCCGGCCCAGUCUACGCACACGCCUAAUAUGGCGAUUGAGUUUGAGACUGAGUGUCGUCGGAAACACCGAUACGAUUGACAUUGAAGUAGUUGAUGAUGACUUGAUACGCAGGCCAGAAAUAGUGCUAGAACGAUGUUACGUCAGUGGGACAAGGAAUGAUACAUAACCUGGGUAUUUCUUAAGAACAACUACUCCUUCACCUUUCUGCAACCUCUAAUCCAUCCGACUCGCCACUAGUGCGGCAUCUGACAUAUUGCCAAUCGUCUUUACUCCACUGGCGUUUAUCAUGAUUGGAGUUUACUACGCUGUGCGUCAUCUGUAUGCGCAUAAGGAUCGCAAGAGACGCCUUGCUCGCGACAUACUAAAUCAAUAUGACAUUGAGCAGCUCACGACGCACAAGCACGCGCUCGGUUCACUGUGAGACGUAGAAGAACCAAAAAGUUGUGGUUGUAAAUCAAGCUUAGCUGAUGUAGUGAAUCAUUGAAACUACUUGGUGUACACGUCCACCCAUUUACAAGUAAUUUUUGCCUAGUAAUGUGUAUUUUUUUACAACAUCUUCAUUUGGUACCUACAGCUUAAUCUGGUAGUGUUUCCAUCCAGUUCCAUAGCCGGUCUGGAGCUGGUAUGAUUCCUUAACCGCGUAGAAAAUUGUACAGAUGAAGAACAUUAACUAUAACCUGUAGACCAUCGAGACAAGAAAGUUGUUAUUUUUAACACUACAACUCAGUGACCUGGUCUAAGUAAGAUGAACUACCACUAAAAAGAAGAAUGGAAGGAAGCCCAUCGCGGUGGUACUGGUGAAGCAGGCGGAAAAGACAAAUAGUAGUUCGUUUCUCUACUUACUCCUUUCUUAUGUUGUUGACCGUGUAAGAGUAAGAAAGUGGAAGUUGUGGAUGCCUAUCAGAAAGCGCCCAUGAAAAAUGUUUGCACAGACGCAAUGUCAUUCUCAAUGUGGUUAUAUACAAUAGGAAACACAAUCACAAACACCGAAUUCUCAAAGAGGUUCGCAAUUCGAAUUAUACUGAAGAAGCACUAGAAAAGAAAACUGUUCUUGAUGAGUGUGUGACUUUCAUUGACUUGUGCUAGAAAAUGGAGUCAGUGUUCGAUUUGUCUGAGGUAAGAAUAAAAUGAGUGUUUCUCUUGGACAAGGAGAGUGUCGUUGGAACAGUGAAUUUUUAACCACAGUAUUUUUGACGAGCAAAAAACAGUCUGAGUCUACAAGUGCAACUUAAACUUAUCUUGUGGAUGAUUUAUUCUGAAUAAGAAUAUGAGGAUAGAGAAGCAUGAUUGGGAGAUGAUACGUAUUCCACGUGAGCAAGUAAGUAGUUCGUUCUCCACUUCCAAGGUGGAGACGUUAAUAUGAAAACCUAGCAGACAGCGGCUAAAAAAUCUGGAAUACAUCGUGAUGAUCGUGCAUGAAAAUACUGCAGCAUCAACUACUUCAGGC